GAUCCCACCCCCCACCCCCCCCGGCUUGACUCGAUCACGGCUGCGCGACUCCGUUCACCGCGGGCUUGGUGCGAGAGAUGUUGCGCGACGCGUUCAUGCAGCAGUGGAUCGAGAAUGCCUCUCUCUCACCCCCCAACCCUGUGGCGGUGGGGGAGGGGCGGGGGGAUCUGCACCACCCCCACCCUUCCCCCACGGCCCGGGCACCCGCUCGCUCCCCUCCCCUCACUGAAUCGAUUACUCGGCAAGUCGAUUAGACAGGCGCCGUAAUCGAUUGAUCGAUUUUGUCUCGGCGCUCCUCCUCCCUGCAUCAUCAUCGUCGCCCCCUUCUCCUCCUCGUCAGUGUGGCUGCGGCGCUCGUCGAUGUUGUUACCGUUAUCGUCGUCAGUCGUCAUCAUCGUCGUCGUCGUUUGCACCGUAGUCGAUUUCGCUCUACGUUAGUCGUCGUUGACUGCUGCUGCUGCUGCUACUGCAGCAGCUUCAGUCAAAGUCGUUUCAUUCGCCCGGCUUGUCGGCUCCAUUGUUUCGUCGUCGUCGUCGUUAGAGUCGACGAGGUUGUUCGUCGUCAAGUGCAGUGAACGCCGCUCUGAUUAUCAUGUCUGGAGUGCGGCACUCGCUGUUGUAAUCGUUUCGGCGUCACCGCAAUUAAUUAAUUAUUUAUAAUCAUCGUCUUCUCCUUCGUCGUCGUUUGGCUGCCGCUCUCGGCGCGAAUGAACGAAGCGGCGCUCUCGGAGAGGAGGAGGAGGGGGGGUGCACCCCGCGAGGGGCAGGAGAAGGCGGAGGAGGAGACGACAGUGGGGGGCCCGGAUCCCCCGCAGACCCCCACGGCUCAGGACCCCGACUCCCCUCACCCCCGCGGCUCGGAACCCCAAACCACGACCCCCGAGCCGCAGACCCCGCAGACCCCUUCGCAAAACGCCGACUCUCGCCCUCACGACUCGAUAGGCGCGGGGUCCCCCGCGCCAAAAGAGCCCCAUCCUCGUCGCCCCCUCAACUCCCACUCCGCCCUGGAUCUCAACUCUCACCCCCUGGGUCCCCGGCCCCAUCAUCCCCUAGACCUCAACUCGCAUCCCCUUGACCCGCAGCCUCACCACCACCACCACCACCACCCCUCCCUGGACCCUCUGCCUCUACCCCCGCUGCCGCCUCUGUCCGGUUACGGGAUCGGCGGCGGGGUAGCGAACCUCCCCGAGGCGGGGACCGGCUCCCCCGCGGCUGGGACCCCCCCGGUGAGGCACCAGGCCCUGCGGCAGAAGCGGUCCCGCGUGUGGGAGCACUUCGACCCGCCCGCGGGGAGCCGCGUGCGGUGCCGCGUGUGCGGCGUGAGCCUCAUGUUCCACAAGAGCACCACGGCGCUGCGGGAGCACCUUCGCAGGAAGCACGCGCUGCAGGAGCUCAGUGAUGGGACCCUUGGAGAAAGACCCCGGCAUCAGGUGCUGCGGCAGAAGCGGUCGCGCGUGUGGGAGCACUUUGACCCCCCCGAGGGGAGCCUGGUGCGGUGCCGCGUGUGCGGGGUGUGCCUCACCUUCCACAAGAGCACCACGGCGCUGCGGGAGCACCUUCGCAGGAAGCACAGCGACCAGGACCUCAGCAUCCCUCUGGAUCAGCCCAGCUUUGGCUCCCCCAUGGGGGCCCCCGGGAGGAUCCUGGGUGGUGGGGGCACCUUGGGCAUGCCGUGCUCGGGGGUGGUGAUGGCUCGUCGCGGGCGCCCCUCGGUGGGGUCGGCCGGCUCCGGGGCCCACGGAGGGCACGGGGGGCCCUAUAGCUCGACCACCGGCGGAAGAGACGACAUGGGGCCCGGAAAUCACCCGGACCUCAUGAGGCUGCUGAGCGGCGGCGGCGCCCAGGGCCUGGCGGUGCUGGGCGCCGGCCCGGGCAGCAUCGCGCUGCUGGGGGCCCUGCAGGAGGCGGACGCACUGGGCCUGUGCCGCGUGCUCUACGUGCUGGCCGAGCAGCCCGGCCUGCUGGAGGGGGCGCUCGAGCAGCCCUUCCUGGCGCGCACCCGGCUCAUGCACGCGCACGACGCCGACAUCGCCCUCAACGACCAGCGGGUGAGUGGUGUGGUGGUUUGUGCACAGCCGCCCGACGCUACAGAUCUUGUGCUCGUGGCGUUACGGCAGGGCAAGGGCGUGCUGUGCGAGCACCUGCUGGGGGAGAGCCAGGAGGCGAGCGACGCGUGCUUCCAGGAGGCGCUCUCCGCCGGCAAACCACUGCUCUGCGGCUUCUACAGGCGGUUCGACCCAGCCCUGCAGCUGAUCCAGCGCCGCAUCGAGGAGCGGGGGGAGUUUGGGCAGAUCACGCGCGUGGCGGCGGUGAGCUACGGCUACCCACCCCCCAACUUCUCCCUGCUGCACAAGUCUGCAGGAGGAAUAUUCUACGACAGCGUGGUGCACGACGUGGACACGGUGUGUUGGCUCGUGGGGGGUGGCGCUCCCGAAAACAUCUACGCCACUGGCAGCGCCUUCACACAAGAGAGCGCGGCGAUGAGCGACGCCGACGUGGUGUGCGUCACGCUGCGGUUCCCCGGGGGAGCCCUCGGCACCGUGGAGUCGGGGAGGAGCGGCCCCGGGGCCUGCGAGCACCGCGUGGAGGUGCGUGGCACGCAGCUGGCGGUGCGCGUGGAGGCCGGGGAGCCGCUGGGCGUGCGAGUUCUGGGCCCCGCGGGGGGCCCCUGGGCCCCGCUGCCGUCCCAGACAAGCGCCCAGCACUACCGCGCAGCACGUGCCGCCCUGGUGCACCACUUCCUACACACGCUCACCGGCGCCGUGUCCCCCGGCGUCUCCCAGGAGGACUACAACCGCGCCGUUGGCGUCUGCUCCGCGGCGGAGCAGUAUUGGCGCGAGGGCUGCCCGCGCGACGCCGCCCUCAUCACCAUCGUCAAGACCGAGGUCAUGUGAUCUGUGGGGGGGAGCGAGCUGCCCCCCCCCCCCGCCCAGCCCCGCCCAUCCACACACGCGCACAACCUCGUGUGCACCCCCACCACCUGAAUUGAUGAAGCGCGUCGUGGGCGAGGUGAAAGGAGUCGGGGAUGAACGACUCGCACGCACGCCGUGGGGUUCUCACGGUGGACGCACGCCUCCGGUCGACUCCCGGUGAUCCCGGGGUGGGGUGUGGUGGGGGUGUCGCGGUGUGGGGGGGGGACGGGGAGGGGGGGGGGUACGGGCUCGGGGAUAAAGUGGUCCCGGAUAAAACCAAAAACACGGAUGUUGCGUUGGUCGGUCGGAGCUUCGGGCGGCAGAUUUGUGCCAGAAAGUUGCCGCGGUGUUAAAAAAGCAAAAAACGAAAUUGACUUGGCUCCGGUGGGAGCGUAUUUAUUGUAACUGGCGUAGAGUUGGGGGCGGAGAGAGACGUCGGCCUCUUCGCCCCUUUUUAGUGUUUUUUUUUUCUUCGAGUACUCGGUUUUACUUCCCCCACACCGCCCACCGUGAUUGUGGUCGUGCCGGCACCGUCAUGUCGCGGACCCUCGACGGCCGGCGAGCGAGGAGCGGUCCGUCCGUCCGUCCCGUCCCGUCUCUCCAGCCCGCCCGCCCGCCCCAAAUAUCAGAUUAGUCUCUCGGUGAGCUCGGUGCGAGCGAACCCGCCGCCCGGGUAUUCCGUCCCGAGGAUGCCGGAGAGAGUUAGCGGUUGGCUACGCGCGGAUCACGUGUGUGCGCCGUAGGGCACGCGCACCCGCACCUGCUUGCCGACGCCCACCAAACCCUAACCCUACCGAUCGUCAACCGAGACCUCGGCAAUUUACCUCGCUACCACCGCCGACUCUAGAAUCUCGCCACCCAGAUCCGGAAGAACAUUGCUGCUGCUGCUGCUGCCACUGUGCGAACAGAGUGGAAAUAACGCAGACGUCCAGAAUAAACCCCCCCCCCCCCCCCCAUUCGAGACCAAAAACAUCGCCGCACCACCUCCUCGCUUUGACACUCCUCCUCCUCCUCCUCGAAGGCACUGGUGGAGCCGUCAACCGAGUCACAUCAUCACCUGGCCGAUGCUGCACCACGCGUCCUCCUUGAAUGGAAAAUGAAAGACACAGCCAGAGUGGUGCCAUGUAACCCAAACGACGGACCGCACAGUGAACCCACUGUGGUUUUCUGCGCUCCUUUAAUGGAGGAGGAGGAGGAGGAACAGCGACACGACACAAACUCUCUCUCUGAAGCCCUCUCUCUCGUCGUUAGCAGCAGCAGCAGCAGCGGCGGCGGCUCCAUAUUGGCAUCUAGCCCCUGGACUCCAUCGCUGCAGCCAUCAUCGUGCGCAGGAGGAGAAUUGAGCAGUGACGCCGUGCAAGCAAAAAAAAAAUUAAAUCCUUGGUUCAUCGCGUUUCUCCGUCGAACCAGUGCAGGGAGGAAAAGACACGGCUCUAACUAACGCUGCCCCGUAAGAAGCACCACUUCACGCACGUCGGCUUCCUCGUCCUUGGCGCGGAGGCGGGUGCUUAACGCUCGCGCGAUGCGCCCGCCGCUCGCCAGGGACGUUGGGCCGAGUGGUGGGCGUGCGGUAGACGGGGGGAGGAGUGGGGUGGGGAACGCCGCGGCGACGUCGCCCAGAAGGCCUCCUCGCGAAAGUCGUCGCUCAAAAGUCGUUCCGCUCAAACGAUCGACUCCCAGCAGCCGCUCAAUGGAAUUCUGACGAUUCGGGGGGGCCCUGAUCUGCCGUUCAGAAUUUUUUUUUUUUAAUCUCGAAUACUUUUUUCAUGAUGUUGUUGUUGUUGUACAUUUUGUUAUAUUUUAUUGGCCACGUGGUCGGUGUGGUUCUGCCCCGUGUGCCCCUCCCUCCCAUCCCGUCGGUACUAGCCGGGCUCUUCCUCCAUGGCAGCCGAACGGCACCGGCAUCGCACGGACCGUCGGCGUGAAAUCGCGAAUCCCUUGCGUGCGCACACACACACCAAAAAAAAA